AUGCCUCCCCGCCCCGCCCCACUAUUCUCUCGCCUGCGCUUCCGCCUCCCGACGUGCGCCGCUGUCCCCAUCUCCACCCCUCCAUCCUCCGCGGCGCCCCUGCGCUACGGCCGUCACACUCGCCUCGCUAGCCCCUUCCCUCUGUCCACACCUUGCCAGCGCGUCCUCCGUGCCGCCACCGCGGUCUCGUCGUCGCUGGAUCUGCGCUCGAUAGCCGGCGGGUUCGCACUGUUCAGCAUGGCUGCUGCCUCCUCCGCCACCUCCGUCCACGACUUCACCGUCAAGGAUGCUAGCGGGAAAGAUGUGGACCUUAACACCUACAAGGGGAAGGUUCUGCUCAUAGUCAAUGUUGCAUCUCAGUGUGGCUUGACCAAUUCCAACUACACAGAGCUGAGCCAGUUGUAUGAGAAGUACAAGGACCAGGGUUUUGGGAUCCUUGCUUUCCCAUGCAACCAGUUCGGUGGGCAGGAGCCUGGCACUAAUGAGGAGAUUGUCCAGUUUGCUUGCACUCGCUUCAAGGCUGAAUAUUCAAUUUUCGACAAGGUUGAUGUCAACGGCGACAAUACUGCACCCAUCUACAAGUUCCUGAAGUCCAGCAAAGGUAGUCUCUUUGGUGAGAACAUAAAAUGGAACUUCUCCAAGUUCUUGGUUGACAAAGAGGGGCAUGUUGUGGAGCGGUACGCACCAACAACUUCCCCACUGAGCAUCGAGAAGGACAUCAAGAAGCUACUAGGGAGUUCUUCAACCUUGUAA